UUGUACUGCUGUCAAAAUCAGUAGAGAAGAUCGGCGAGAUCUUUAUUGUUGUACCACAGUUUAAAUCGUUAAUUAAAUUAUAUGAAAAUAGCGGGAUUCGCACUAAUAAAAUCAGUGAAUAGAAAGUCUCGAAGUGUAUUAAAAAAAUAAACUAAAUUUAUUUACGCAGUGAUCUAUAAAUUUCGAAAAAUGUAGCGCAAAAGUACAUAACGGUAAAGCUCUAAAUUAUACAAAACAUUACACAGAUGUCUUAUACAAUUUGAGUUUUGAUUUUCCUGAAAUUCUCCAAUAACAACCUGCCAUCACUUAGCCAAAUGCUUUCAAGAACUAUAAAGAAGAAGUUAUUUGGAACAACAUAUUCUAGUCAGUUGUUCUCAAUUCAACAUGAAGCAAUUAGCAGCAUGGUAUCAGAAGAAAAUAAGUUCUUACGACAAGGAGGAAUGGGAGACGAUGGUGGAACAGCUGCUGAUGCGGGGGACGUACCGCCGCCGCAUCGUAGAUUUCUCGUCGCAUGCUCGCUCCUACCUGAUCGACGUUGACUUAGUUAGAGGCUCAUCAUUUCCCAAAGCCAAGCCGACGCUUGGCAUGCGUCGUGUGAUAUGGUUCGCUCUAGUCCGCCUCGUGUUCCUACCGGCUCUGUACCAGUGGUGGGCGCAGCAGACCUCGCCGGCCUGCGCCAAGUUCCUCCUCACUUUAUGGCUCAUGCAAGUCCUGAACAUGACCCUGUAUUUUAUGACGCCAGAUCUUGCCGAUGUUGAUCCCAACUGCUGGCUAGUGCCGCUAGGUCUAAUGCUGGUACUGAGUGUGGUACACUCGCAGAUUGUCAGCACGACGGAGAUGGAACUCGCUAGGGUGCGCCCUCGGGCCACUUACCGCCGCAAAUUGCCUAGAUACUUUAGACGACCGAGAUCAGAAUGUGACGGUGGCAGCGGCGGCGGCUCGGCCGAGAGUGGCGCCACCUCGAGCCAGAGCAAGACGCCCACGACAAAGCCCGCCAAAUUCCGGCGGAGACAAUCACGCACUGAUAUCGCUGAGAAUGGUCUCAGAAAACGAAAGAAGGACUUAACAAAAGAGAAUCUCAUAAAAAAUUUAGAUCCUGUUAAGAAUAAAACAUUAAUUAAAGUGAAAGCUAAAGAUUCGGAUGAUGAAGAAUACAUGGUUUGGAAAAAGCCAGAUCUCACUGCGCCCAUAGUAACAUUUACCCCACCGCCUGAUGACGCUACACCAAGCACUUCCUUUAGAUAUAAGCCUAACGUUCUAACUAAGAAACAAUUAGAAUCGUUUAAUGUACGUCAGAAUCAACAUGCUAAUAUAGCAAGGGCCUUCGCUGAUGGUGACGAUGGAUUUGAAAGUCUUAACGGAUACAAUUCGAAUGGUAGCGAAGGUGACAAAGUCAAGAAUGGAACUGACAUAGUUCAGAACAAAUCAUCAAACUCGAAAGAACAAAUAAAUGAAAUUCGUUUAAAAGAAAAUGUACCCGACAAUCAAGGAUCUGAAACUCCCGAAGCUACGACCAAAAAAGAUAGUGCAAAAAAUAGUCCGUCUAGAAAAGUUUUUUGUAAGGUUAACAUUUUAAAGAAAGACGACGAUGAAAAGUCUAUUGAUUCCGAUGGUGUUAUGCCCACAAGUAGCCCUAGUACUGGCAAGAGAGUUGGUGUACGAUUCCGAAACUCGUGGGCCCAAGACGGUAUACGACCAGAAUCAAGCGACGAAGAUUUUGCCGUGAAGAAGAAGGAAAAGAAAUUAAAUUACCAGUCAUCGUCAUCGGACGGGGAAUGCUCGGCGUCCGCCCCAUCCAUCGCUCUACCAUCCCACCAUACCAUGUCUGAUUGGGUUGGGCAAACUACUAACAGUGAAGAAAGCAGUUAUGGUUCCCAGUCGGAGGGCGAGCAUUCAGAUGUGGGCUUCCCUUACGCCGCUGACACCUCCUGGGACCCAUUCGCUAUCCUUGAUCCAACUAGUGACACAGUAAAAUGCACAAUGUGGGAGCGUGGUUCGACAUUGCGUGCGGAGUUAUCAGCAGUGGACAUCAGCUGGUAUGUGGUGGCGAGGGCUGAGCGCGCGAUGGCGGCCGACGGCUGUCUGUGGGCAGGCAUCGCUAUGGCCGCCGCUGUAGCACUCAUCAAACCUGUCAUAAGAUUCGUACAGGUGGUCGCUGAACAAGAUGGCAGAACGGAGGAAGAACUUCAAGCAAUGUCCAUUAUUACGUACUUGCCAUCUCUUAUAGCUAAUUACAAAGGAUCUUUGUUUUCCGUCUUCAUUGGUGCUUUUGGUGAUAAUAUAUGGGCGGUAUCAACAAACCUGCUGUCAUGCAUGCUUCGGUUCGCACUGGGGGCGCUAGUGUUCUUCCUGCUAGCAGUAGCGGAGCGCGCGUUCAAACAACGUUUCCUAUACGCGAAGCUAUUCUCACACCUGACGUCGGCGCGGCGAGCUCGCAAGUCUGAGUUACCGCACUUUAGACUUAACACUGUAAGGAAUAUCAAGACUUGGCUGUCCACUCGAUCGUAUCUACGACGUCGAGGCCCACAGCGGUCAGUUGAGGUCAUCGUGUCAGCGGCAUUCAUGCUCAUAGUUGUAUUACUCGGGUGUGUUAGCACCCAUCUUCUAAGAUAUAAUAAUCCACAGGACUCGGUGACCUUGGAAAGUGGUUGGCUAAUGGAAGUAUUAACCUGGAGUUUAUGCAUCGGCUUGUAUCUACUGCGACUGGGCACGUUAGGCAGCAACGUCAACAAGAAAUACCGCGGCUGCCUCUCUGCAAUACUGACCGAGCAGAUAAACCUCCAUCUGGCGAUAGAACAGAGGCCUGAAAGCAAGGAACAACUCACCGUCGCUAAUAAUGUGCUGAAACUAGCUGCCGACUUACUCAAGGAAUUAGAUGCACCAUUCCAGAUAUCAGCUUUAUGUGCCAACCACUACCUCUACACUAUUACGAAGGUCGUUAUUCUGUCAGCGCUGUCCGGGGUGUUGUCCGAGAUGUUAGGCUUCAAACUUAAAUUGCACAAAAUCAAAAUAAAAUAAUACCAACAAAAGUAUUUGUGAUCGUAAUGAAAUCGCUGACUACUAGUCUAAUUAUUCGCCAUUUAGAUGACGAACCAAUCGCCAUCGCCACAAAUAUGUUGAUAAAUAUCAUAUUUAACACCUAUAAGGAUAAUAUCUUUAAAAAUCAUGUUAUAUCCUUCAGGGUCUGAAACCUAGACAUGCGAUAAUAAAGUUUUUAUGAAUUACGAUGUUAUCUGUAGCCUUUUCUCUGACCAUAGACAAUUAUAUUUUCUAUGUAGUUAGACUGUAGAAUAGUGUUUUUCAUAUUAUGCUAUUUACAAACAGGGAUAUUUGUAAGUAAAAUAUAUUUAGUAAAAACCUAAUUAAUCCUUAUUACAUGAUAAAGCUUAAGUAAAGCUUUACUUCAAUCUUUAGGAAAUGUAAAAAAGACGAUAGAUAAUAUUGUUUAAUCAUUAUGUUUAUAUAAAUACAAGGAAAUCAACAUUUAUAUUUUAUGUUUAUAUCUGAAACUAAUAAUAGAUAAUUAUUAUGUUUUAAUUGGGGUUUUGGAACUAUAUACCGUCUAGCUAUCCUGUACUUAUCUUAAAAAAUUCAAUUUCGAUAUUAUGUGCCAAAGUAUAAAGAUUUUUGGUACUCACAAUAUAUGUUCCAUCAAAUUCCAUAUAAACGUGCCACAAAGAAUAUCUCGAAUAACAGAACUGCGUUGACAACAACAAGUCUUGGCUAUUUUUAUUUUUCUUAUAAAACAUGUGAACUACGUUGUUAUGAUCUCAUUUUUACUCAUAGUUGUAUAAUAUCAGUUAAUGAACUAUUUUAUUAUAUUCAAAAACGUAAAACUGUUUUGAGCACUUCGUUUCUAAUUAAUACCCAUGUUUAGAACGUCCGAUUUAACUUGGCGAGUCGGGAAAGAGCUACAAAUAUCGCCGACUGUGGUUCAUACUUUGAUCUCGUUCCAAUAGACUUUUAUCUCCUUUUCCGGAACCCCUAGUUAUAUCGGCCGUACUUGUGCGUCUUGUUUACUAUAACCUCUUAUUUAAUUGAGAAACAGCCAUAAAUUAUCAUAGUCUAAUGUAAUUUUACAUAAGUAUUUUUACCUAUCCGUAAGGAAAUGUUUCAAAUAAAUAAACUAGAAAUGAACUGAUAUCUAGCUACUAAACGGUCUUUAUUCAUAGGCAUCAAAUAAAACAUUGUUCUCUCCACUAGUAUCUGUAAGUACUUACUUCCAUAAUCUGAAUGACAAAAAUAUGGUUUUUAAAGUGGAUUUGAAGUUGCCGCCUAAGGUAAUUUCGCUUUUCUCUUUAAACAAAUAUUUCACAACCUAACAAUUAUAUUUUAUUCAAUUAUCAGACGUCGGCAAUAAUUUAAAUAAAUAUUUUUGUAUUUAAUGUAGCAUAACUUAUUUGUUAUAGAGACUUUACGUAACUGUUACGUUUUUACUUGUAAUAAACUUUUAACAACAAUGUAGAUAGUUCAAUGCGAAACCUAAAACUUCGAGCUUGUAGAGAAAAACAAUUAGUCCUUCUUGCAUGAAUAUUGAACUUCUAAAACACCUAAAUAAUAACGAAAGAGAGUAAAUAAAAGAUUUCAAUGGUAAGCCACCACAACAAACCACCAUGAUAUUAUUAUAUUCAUGCGAAUAUUUUUAAUUUCGUUCUCUUUGUUCAUACAUCACCUACAAUAAAUUAUUUUUAUAAAUAAGAUAAUGUAACGAGGUCUUUAGUAAAUUGGUGCCCACUAAUUGACUACAGCCAACGAAUAAAGUUUUACGGCAAUUGCAAUGACACUAGCUGACCUAACAAUUGAUCACAAAUAAAUCACAAUAGAAUUCCUAUUGCACCGUAAUUCACUUUUGUUGACACUUAUAAGUAAGCUCCUAUUUGCAAUAAUUACCUUAGUUACGUAACAGUAUGAAAGAUUAUAAGAUACCAGUUUUACCAUCUGAUUAAGGUUAUGAAUGGAAGUCAAAGGACAUGGUUUUGAUAGCAAUCAGGAAAUGUGUGAAAAAUAUUUUCAGCCUACAGGAAUACCGACAAUAGAUCAUAGUUAUUUAUUUAAACUUUCACAAAGUCUCCGAACUAGUAGCAAUGUAGGUUACGUUGACUUAUUUUGUAGAGUAGGUAGUCUAUUAGCAUAAGAAUUUAUAAAAGUAACAACGUAGGUGCUUUCUUAAAUUGCAAUGACAGGUAUUUUGUAAUACCGAUUUGUUUUUUAAAGUAAGAACUUAUGUGAGCAUGAGAUGCUGCACUAAAGAAAUAAAUACAUAUACUUAGAAAA